GGAGUCCGAACGGCUGGACAUGCAGCACCAGCUUCUGAAGAUGACUUACAGGAACAAAUUGUUCUUCGCGCCAUUGGAUCGUCCCAGAAGGGUAUUGGAUGUUGGUACCGGAACUGGAAUAUGGGCGAUAGACUUUGCGGAUGAGUAUCCGGAUUGCGAGGUGGUGGGCAUUGACUUGAGUCCUACUCAGCCCAAUCUGGUGCCGCCGAAUCUCAAGUUCGUGGUCGACGAUGCGGAGGACGUGUGGAUCUACGAUGCCCCGUUUGACCUCAUUCACCUGAGAUUGAUGGCGGGUUGCUUUGCAGACUGGCCAAAGCUAUUCCGGCAAGCCUAUGAACACCUUGAACCCGGCGGCUGGAUUGAACUCCAAGACUACGGUCUACCGGUCAAGUCCUUCGACGGCACUCACCUCAACACCGACGUCACACGCUGGGGCGAACUGCUAUGCGAAGCAUCGAUGAAGCUCGCUCCCGUAGGUCGGCCAUUGGGCAGCGAUGCCACGCUCAACUACCCAGGCUGGCUCGCCGACGCCGGCUUCGUCGACAUCCGACAAGAAAUGUUCAUGUGGCCGACGAAUUCCUGGCCCAAAGACCCCUUCAUGAAGAUGCUGGGCCGCUGGAACCAGAUCAACAUUCUGGAGGGAUUGGAAGGCUUUUGUCUGGCGCUGUUCACCCGAGGUCUGGACUGGACGAAGCAGGAGGUGGACGUGUUUGUUGCAAAGGUGGGCCGCGAUCUAAGGGACAAGAACAUUCAUGCGUACUUUCCCAUGCCGGUCGUCUAUGCCAAGAAGCCGUUCGUUGGUGAAGCACUACAUUUCCGCUGAGGAUGUUUUGGGCUGGGAUUGUCGGGGAUCUGUUGUGACGCAGCAAUGUUGAUGUGGACUUAAUAGAGAAGACGAUGAAUGAAACGGCCGUGCUCACGAUCAGACCCGCGCAUGUGUGAAUCAGGUUUGUAACAACCAGGUCGGCUGGAAACGGCGAUCAUUCAAGAGUGAGGUCGGACGUCCUCUGGAUGAACGAGAAUAGACGGAACCGUAUCUCCGACAUCGGGCCUGGCCACGUCUCCGUGCACUGUGGCUUGGGGAAGCGCGUACGCUUGCACGCAAGUGUACACGCAAUGGAUUGGACAGACUGCUCCACUGAUCCAUCAUCACCUUGAGUGAGCUCGCAACACCGUCAAGCUCUGAAUGCUGUAUAGUGAAUC